AUGACACUCAACGUCACAUCUAUGCAGGGUGUUAUCUGGAGUGGAAACCCUCUCCAAGUCAACGUAUCAACCCUACCAGUCCCGCAGAUUAUCGACCCAACAGACGCUAUUGUUAAAGUUAGCCUGUCGGCUAUUUGUAGCGCAGACAUUCGCACGUACAAUGGAGCCUAUGAGGAGAAGGAGGUGCCAUGGGUGAUGGGACAUGAGGCACUCGGGAUCGUUGUUGAAGUCGGGGAUUCAGUCACGUCAUUCGCCGUUGGUGAUAAAGUUGUCGUCCCCGAUCAAGUUUCGGGUGGGCUUUUCGACCUUUCUACAGCGGAAUUGAUGGGGUUGGGACUGGGGGUCAAUUACUAUGCGACAACGGGAUGUCAAGCUGAAUAUGUGCGAGUUCCGUCCGCAAACGACAAUUUAUUCCUCGUCCCCCAAAACAGCGAUGCUCCAUCCAAUCCUCCUCCUCAAAACCUCGACUACGAUUACCUUCUAGCAUCGAGUAUAUUCGCUAUGGGGUGGGAAGCUCUUGAUCUGGCUGGUUAUCAGCCAGGUGAUUCAGUUGCUGUUUUCGGUGCUGGUCCUAUUGGCCUCAUGGCUGUGUACUCGGCCGUGCUUCGGGGUGCCUCCCGCGUAUUCCUCAUCGACGGCGAUCGUCAAACUUUGUCAGUUGCAGAGGGACUUGGAGCCAUGCCCAUCGACCUUGUUCAUUCGGACCCAGUUGCAAAGAUUCUUCGCCAAGUGCCCGAUGGGGCAACAAGAAGUGUUGAUUGUGUUGGGAUCGAAGCUGCGAAUAGGCUUCAACUGACAGAGGACAAGAUUCUUCAGAACAUGAUGGAGAUCACUAAGGUUGGUGGUGGCAUCGGUCGAGUUGGAACAUAUCAAGAUCCCGGUAAUCGGUCCUACACACUACGGUGGCAGGACCUAUUGCCAACCUUCCAAUUUGUCAUGUCUGGGUUCUUCAAACAGGGCCCGCCGGUGAGAUCGGGUGCUAUUGAUGCAACCUUGGCGGCCCCCAAGUUAAUGGAAAUGAUAUCGAAGGGAGAAGCAAAGCCCAGCUUUAUCCUGAGCAGUAUCAUUGGACUUGAAGAGGUGUCACAAUUUUAUGAGCGGGCUAGCCAACGUCUGGAGACAAAGGUUGUUAUCAAAUUUCCCUCUCCAUAG